GGACCACUUGCUUCUCUCCCUCUCUCUCUCUCUCACUCUUUCUCUCUCUCAUUCUCUGGGAUAUAUACUACAGUUGCUUCCCCUUUUCCGGGAUAGAAAAUCUAAUGAUCCGAUCCUCCAUAAAUCAUCCACCCAAUAACUGAAACCUUUCAUCAUUCUAGAUUUUUAGCCGAAGGUACUGUUUCUCAAACAAGGAAGCUCGAGGAAGAAGAAUAUUCUAUUCUCCUUCAAUUUCAAGAUCGAGAUCACAAAGAUAUGUGUCCAUGCAAAAUCUAGCAUUCAUCACUCCUGAAAAGGGUCUCAUUUGCAGUUGCUAAGGGCCAAACGCACUACAGCCAGCGGCAUCAUCCCUAGAGAACUGCAUGUCCCCACUCAGCUAAGAGGAAGAGCUUCAUUUCUCUCUCCACACAAGGAAGCAGCAGGAGGAUCAGAAAAAAUCUUCGAAGGAGGAGGAGGAGGAGGCGGAGAAGAAGAAGAAGAUCAAAAGCAACAAGUUGAAUCUCAUUAGUAAGAUCCAGGAAAAGAAAGCAACAUAAACCUAAUCAGUCCCAUGGAUUUGGUUUCACAAUCAGGAAACCCUAACUCUGUGAGCACCAUAAUCAACCCCAACAAUCCCAACACCUCAUCCACAAUCCCAUCGCCUGCGGUUUACGCUCCAAGCCGGUACGAGAACCAGAAGCGCCGAGACUGGAACACUUUUGGCCAGUAUCUCAGGAACCACAGGCCUCCGCUCUCACUAUCCCUCUGCAAUGGGGCACAUGUCCUAGAGUUCCUCCGAUACCUCGAUCAGUUUGGCAAGACCAAGGUCCACAACCAAACUUGCCCCUUCUUCGGCCUCAAAAACCCUCCUGCACCUUGCCCUUGCCCGCUUCGCCAGGCCUGGGGAAGCCUGGAUGCUCUGAUUGGACGCCUUCGAGCUGCUUAUGAGGAGCAUGGCGGAAAACCAGAGGCCAACCCAUUUGGUGCAAGAGCGGUGAGGCUGUAUUUACGAGAGGUUCGCGAUUUUCAAGCCAAAGCGAGGGGGGUCAGCUACGAGAAGAAGCGAAAGCGGUCAAAGCCCAAGCUAGCACCACCACCUGCGGGUGCAAGUCAGUGAACCAACAAAUGGAGCAGUUUGCAUUAAGGAUUCAACUACGUGAGUAAUAUUGAAAAGCUUCAUGGAAUAACCAGGAAAAGCAAAGCCAAUAGAUAUGGAAUCCUACCCGUAGAUUUACCUAUGUGGGUACAUUUCUAUAUCUUCCCUUUCCAGGUAUAGAGAUCAAUGGGUUGCUUGAGCCGUUGCUUUAAGUUAAAAAAUACCCUGUGUGUAUUAUUGGUUUGCUUUCUUAAAAACUUGGCUAUCAGUUGUUAUAUUGUGGGCGCCCUUGAAUCUGCUGUCAAUGCGAACAGUAUAGAUUGGGAGUAGCAAUAGUGGUAAUAGCAGUAGUAUUGCAGUUAAUAGUAGUAAUUGAUGCAUAUUUGUAGUACUAGAAUAUGUAAUUGAGCAUGAAUCUGUACUUGAAAGUUGAUGUAAGCAACAGACUUGUAAGCAUACAUGUUGCUUGAUUAUUUCUUCUUUGUUGAUUUCUACUUUUAGUGAGUAUUGGAACAUUUAGUACUUAAUGAAAAUCAUGAAUAGAGCUUCACUUGGAUCA